AUGGCCACUGUUUCGGGUGUCAAUCCAUCCCCAAAUUGCCUUCUAUGCGGGUUGGAGAUUUCCAGUAUGAUUUACUCCCAAAGGGUGAAUCCAACCUGUUCCGGUGUCUUGUUCAGAGAGAAUCAGUGGAAACAUUACAAGAAAGACAAACUGGAGCAUGUGAUGGUCCCAUCAAAGGAGGUCGAAGAGGUAGAUUUCGCGAAGUAUCCCAGCAUGUGGUCGUGUACGUGUCGAGCUAUAAUCAAAGGGCCUAAUACCAAGUACUUUCUGAGUGGAAUCACUGUAACUGGAGAACAUUAUACUGAUCCUUACUUCAUUCCAAAAGACCGCGGCAUAGCGCGAAUCGGUGGGAGAACAAAAAAUCCCCAAUACUAUAGUGGUACCUUCGUUCAGUUCUAUGCAGCAAGCAUCAAAAGACAACUGAAUCGUUUCAAAGGCCAAAAUGUCGGAUUCGUUGUCCAUGCCCACUGCUGGGCUCUUCUCAACCACAUUAUUCCAACAACGUUGGUUGAAAAGAAAUUCGAGAAAUUCGUUCGUGCUGCCCGAAAAUACUGGCGUGACCAUGAAGAAUGGGGAAUUUAUGAUUAUUCGCUCAGAUCAUGGAAGCAUCAUGGCUCAAUUGGUGUUCAUCCGGGGUUCGAGCAUGGAUGCGAUAUCUACAAGAAUCCUUUCAUAGUGCCUGAGGUUCGAAAAGCAAUCCAAAAGGCAAUUAACAGCGCAACAAAGACCAAGGAUAAAUGCAUACGGUCCAGGUGCAGUCCAAUACCAUUGGAAGUCGCAAUUAUGAUUGCCGAGUGGACUUGCCCGAUCGACUAUACACCGGCGGAUGUGAAGAACACACGGAAUAUGCUUUCUGCGUGGCACUGGACUUUGCCUGAUUGGUUUUGGAAGAGGCGGUUGAAAGAGGAUAUAUUCAUUGAGUUGAUCUCAUUCCGGGAAUCCAACCAUUCAAUCGAUUGGCAGGCCCUACGGCUUGAUUUGAUGGGUCUUGUUUCUGAUCGGGAAUGGUAUCUUUACAGCGGCUUGCCGAAUCGUGAGCGAGUGCUUGGCUUUAUGACUGCUAUCAAGGCGAAUUUUCUCAAAACGUCAUGA